UACAACCCGACCGACUUUUACUCGGACCUGCUGGCCAAGCACAACAACAAGACGCCGAGCCACCGCGUGGCCAUUGCCGAGGACGGAGAGAGGCUGCUCGCCGCCGGGGCGACGUGGGACCUCAUUAUCAACCACGAGCUGUUCAAGCGCGGGCUCGUCGACGUCGGCGACGUCAGCGAGAGGCUGAAGAACCAUGCCAAGUGCGACGGCCAAGGGCCUGUGUUUGCUGAGCGCACCAUUCUGACGGCCAUUGAGGCCAGCGUCGCCAGCGGCAGCGAUGAGCUGCUCUGA